AUGAGCCAACCACAAAACCACCAACCCUCUGCAAGUUUCUACAAUCUAUGUGAACUCUUUGAACGACUAGCAAAUACUCGUGGCACAGACUUGAAGAAAAGGCUCUUUCAACGGUACCUGCACGACUGGCGACACCAUUUCGGCUAUGACUUUUACGAUGCAAUGCGAUUGUUUCUUCCUCAUCUUGAUCGACGACGUUUCAACAUGAAAGAAAUACGACUCGCACGUAUAUAUACCGAGGCCCUUGGUUUGAGCCGCUCUUCACGAGACGCUAUCGAAUUGAUCAAAUACAAGCAGCCACCCACUGCUACAUCACCGCACCAAAAAAAAGCAACAGGCGAUUUCCCAGCAGUUGCAUUUGAUGUCAUCAACGAGCGAUCCACUGUGCUUAGGGCCACACGUACAAUCCACGACGUCAACAAUCUUCUCGACAAAAUCAGUGAAGCAUCAGGCAAUGACAAGGCUACGGUCAACAUUUUCAAAGAUGUGCUCAACACGUAUAUGCCUUUGGAACAAAAAUGGCUUAUCCGCAUCAUCCUCAAAGAUUUGAAUAUUGGCAUGACCGAUAAUUCCGUUCUACAAGUUUAUCAUCCACAAGCCCGAGAAAGAUAUGCUCAUUGUAGCAACCUGGAGAAGGUGUGCAAAGAAUUACAAGAUCCUUACUUGAAGCUCAAUCAAUCGACGAUUCAACUCUUUCAAGCUUUCAAGCCCCAGCUAGGUACAAGGGAUCGUCCAAAAGAUUUUUCGAGCCUCCUAUACAAGGGUCGGUUCUACAUUGAAGAAAAGAUUGAUGGUGAACGUAUUCAAAUGCAUUUCGAUCGACGCACCAAGCAAUUCAUGUGGUUUUCACGUCGUACGACGGAUUACACUUCAAUGUAUGGCGGUUUCCCUGAUGCGGACAAUCUAGCUAGGAACGUUGUUUCAUGUCUCAAGGCUGAUACGUUGAUUUUGGAUGGCGAGAUGGUAGCCUAUGAUCCGAAAUUGGAUGUUUUUCUUCCAUUUGGUACUCUCAAAUCAGCGGCCAAAGAUAAAACUAUGGAUAUGCACAAAGCUCGGCCAUGUUUUGUUGUUUUCGAUAUUGUGUUCUGUAAUGGCACUCCUUUGCCCGGCUACGCACUUGAAGAAAGACUCAAGGUUCUCAACAAUGUCGUUACCGAAAAGUACGGUUAUCUGAAUCUCUUGGGACGCGAAGAAAAAAAGACAACGGAUGAUGUGAUUGAAGCUUUGGAUCAUGCUAUUCAGAUACGUCAAGAAGGCAUUAUCGUAAAGAAUCCCGGCUCCUUUUAUGAACCAGGCGCACGCAACCAUACGUGGGUCAAGAUCAAGCCCGAGUACAUGAAUAGCUCAACCGACAACUUUGAUUUACUUGUCGUUGGUGGUAGCUAUGGAACCGGUCGACGUGGCAACAAGCUUAGUCAGUUUCUCUGUGUUAUUCGGGAUGAUCGUGUUGAGGAUGAUGAGAAUCCAAGAUUCAUUUCCUUUUGUAUGAUUGGAACUGGUUAUACCCUGGAUGAGCUGGGUGAUUUCAAGGAAGCUUUCAAAGAUCACCAACCUUACAAUCCGAAGCGACAACCACCUUGGCUUAUUCAUCCAGAAUAUUCAACCGAGAAGCCUGACGUGAUCAUGAGUUACAAGACCUCACUCGUGGUGGAAAUCACAGCUGCCGAGACCAUCAGCUCUAAUUCGUGGGGAACUGGAUAUACAUUACGAUUUCCUCGAUUUGUUCAAUUUCGACGUGAUAAGAGCUGGAAAGAUAUCAUGACAUGGAGUGACAUGCUUCGUACCAUGCGAAGACAAAAGACCCGGGAAAGUACAUCAAGCAGCUUUAAGCAGCAGCGAAAAAAGCGACAAAGGAUAGCUUCUACCGCAUCUGGGCCAGCUCGCGUACAACUUGGAUUGCUGGGAAGUCAACAAGGCCUGGAUACACGUGACAUUGUUGAAGCAUCAUCAUUGUUUUUGGACAUGACCUUUUAUGUGGUGACAGGAGACGAUACGCAUCCAAAAGCAACCCUUGAAGCCAUGAUCAAAGAGAAUGGUGGAACCUUUAUGCAGCAAGCACGUAAUACCCAAUAUGUUAUUGCAGGCACUGAAAAUAUUCUGGUCCAAGGCAUUAUCCGCCAAGGGAUCUAUGAUGUGAUUUUACCCCAAUGGAUCGCCGACUGUGUGGAGAAACAAGACCUUAUUCCUUUGCAACCAAAGUACAUGAAAUAUACCACCAAAAGGACCCAGGAUGCUUUCAGUGCCAGUAUCGACAAGUGGGGAGAUUCUUACAUGCAAGAUUCAACCGAGCAAAGUUUACGUGAGGUGAUGGAAAGGAUGCCUCUCAAUGUGAAUGAUGAUACCCGAGAACUCGCGAAUGAGAUCCAAGAACGCUAUUUCCAAACUGUACAUAUUCCUGGGCGGAUAUUCCAGCUGGUGAAAUCAUAUAUUGACGACGAUCCUCCAGAUCCCAACAUUGACAUCAACGAUAUGGAUAUGGCAUGGGUGAUAAAACAGCGGGCGCAUGAACGAUUAGAAAUGGCAAGUGUGGAUCUUCGUUUUCGUGGAGCGGAGGUGACUCGAAAGAUUGAAGACGGCAUCACGCAUGUGAUUUCUGAUGAGAAUGAUAUGGAGCGGAUACCACGCUUGAUCAAGGCUUUCAAAAACGGGCCAUUGCCGCACUUUGUGACAACCGAAUGGGUCGAUGCUUGCGUAUUGAAUAAGACCUUAGUCAAUGAAAAAGGCAAGUAUCUUUGA